AUGAUGUCUGCGGAAAAGAGACCAGCUCACGACUCUCUUGGGUCUGUACAGCUCAUCAAACGUCAAAGAUCAGAUAGCAAUCUAAACCGGAGUGCCGUUGCUAUAUCCAGUAGCACAGGGAAGAAUGGGACACUUAUCCAGUCUGUACCCCGAACGAGCGGCCUUGCUGCCCCUAUAAUGGAACUCACAGGCCAUUCAGGUGAGGUAUUCGCUACCCGAUUUGACGCCACUGGGCAGCAUAUAGCUUCUGCUGGUAUGGACCGAUCAAUAUGCGCUGUUCUCGAUGUUCAGUGGUCACGCGAUUCACAAACCCUUUUUUCGGCCUCUGCAGAUAUGACUCUCGCAAGCUGGGACCUAGCAUCAGGCACGCGCAUACGACGAUACAUAGGUCACACAGAAAUCAUUAACUGUCUAGAUAUAAGCCGGCGUGGUCAGGAGCUACUGAUUAGUGGUAGCGAUGAUGGAAGUAUAGGCAUCUGGGACCCGCGCCAAAAGACAGCCAUUGAUUAUCUAGAAUCCUCCUCCUCCAUGCCUGUGACUGCUGUUGCCCUCUCCGAAGCCGGAAAUGAGAUCUAUGCCGGUGGUAUCGAAAACGAUAUUCAUGUUUGGGAUAUUCGAAAGCGCGCCAUCACAUAUUCCAUGAUUGGGCAUACGGAUACAAUCUCAUCGUUACAAAUCUCACCAGACUCUCAGACGCUUCUAUCCAACUCCCACGACUCAACGGCGCGUACAUGGGACAUACGCCCUUUUGCGCCCGCAGAUCGUCACAUUCGGACCUUUGACGGAGCUCCCACAGGCCUCGAAAAGAAUCUAAUUCGCGCCAGCUGGGAUGCGAAGGGGGAGAUGAUCGCUGCAGGCAGUGGAGACAGAAGUGUUGUUGUAUGGGAUGUCAAGACCGGGAAGUUGUUAUACAAACUCCCAGGGCACAAGGGGACCGUGAACGACGUGCGGUUUACGCCGGCCGAUGAACCCAUCAUUGUAUCUGGUUCAUCCGACCGAACGGUUAUGCUAGGGGAGCUUGGAAAAUGA